AUGGCCACUGCUAAUAAUAAUGACGCUGGUUCUAAAGAUUGGCUUAAAGAAAGAGCUGCUAUAUCUGCCGCCCAUCGAAGACAAAAGACUGACCCGUCAGCAUCAAAACUUGUUAACCAAUUACACAAAGAACGUAUUCAAGGAAAUGCCGAAGAAACAGUUGAUGAGGAAUAUGAAGAUCUUGAUGCAAUUGCUAGUGUGCCACCUCCUGAAGAAAUAUUUUUUUAUUGGGUGUUUUUUUGGUUGGGUGAAAAAGUUGCACCAAAAGAAAAUACAAUCACUACACUUCAUGGCAAAGAGACUAGUGAAGAUGUUUAUCAGUCAUUUAUGAAAUCAGUUUUGGAAGAGGGAUUAGCCACAGAAUCUUCAUUGGAGUUAUCAUUUGAUUUAAAACCUGAAGACAUUAAAAUAAAAGAUCUUAGCAAAAAAAGCAGAUGGGAUGUGGUGUGUUUGUCUACAAAAUCAGGAAAGAGCAGAUGGGAUCUGGUUACAAAAGUUCAUGACCCCCUUGAAGCAGCAAUAAGAGAAUAUGAAAGUUGUUUACCUGCUAUAAUAAGAAAAAAUAUUAUGUAUUGGUAA